UAAUUUUCUUUUGCAAUUCUUUUAGUGCUCCGACAAGUUUUCUUGGAAAUUGUAAUCAAUAAAUAAAAUAUUCAAAGAAAAUUUUACAUCGAAGAUAAAUGAUAAUUGAGCAAUGUGAAAUUGUUAAUCUUUAAAAGUCAUUUUAUCUUAAGAACAAAAUAAAAAAAAAUGUCAAGUUCGAUGAAAUAUCAGAAUGAUCGAGAGAUCAUUGACGAUGAUGGAACAGAGAUCAAUGAAAAGAAGAACGAUGAUUGCAAUGAAGAUGAGAGAUAACAAAAAAUGACAGAUUUAUUAUCGUCUAGCAAAGUACGUGAACUUCAAGCAAUGUUGUUCCCGGUUCGAUCAAUUUCCGGUACAGCCUUGACAAGUUUGCGUACACCACAGGAAUCACAAAUUUUUGAACGUUGUAGAAUUUUAAACGAUAGCAUAGAAACAAAUUUAUUUUCAAGAUCCUUAGAACCGGCGAAACAACGAAACACGAAGGAAACUCUUAGAACAUUGAGCUCGCAAUGUAUCGCGGACAAUAUUGUUCAAGAAAUGGCACGUUGGCCAACGGAGUGUCAAGUAAUCCCAGAAAGGGUUCGUCAUAUUGAUUACAAUCCAAUUAAUCCAGAACCAUUUUAUUUAUCUAAUGGAAAGGAACCUACGCCAAAACCAAUCGACGAUGAGUUAGGUACCGUUAUAUUUCGAUACUGCCCAACUAAUGUUACCAAUUACUUUAGUAGAUCAUGCGCUGGUGGAAACCCAAUUCUAUCGUCUUCCAACAAAACUUUCAAGGAUACCAACGAAUACACGUUAACUUCUUCCAAGGAUGGGAAGAACAUUACCGACAUGUUCUUCAUUGCCGAUACCAAUAGCGAUCUAAGAUUCGAGUCACGAUUCGAAUCUGGAAAUCUUGGAAAGGUCGUUAAAAUUAGCGAUACUUAUUAUCAAUUACAUUUGAGAAGGGAUUUAUAUACUCAAAGACACACACAAUGGUAUUAUUUUCAAAUAUCUAAUACCAGAAGCAGGAUCACUUAUAGAUUAUCGAUCGUGAAUAUGUGUAAAGAAGAAAGUUUAUACAACGAAGGACUUAGGCCACUUUUGUACUCGACCGAAGAUGCACGGACUAAAUCGAUAGGUUGGAGAAGAUGUGGAGAAAAUAUCAGUUAUUACAAAAACGGUGAAUCAGACGAGGAGAAGGAGAAGCAUACUUUAACGUUUAACAUAUCCUUUCCACAUGAUCAUGACACAGUUUAUUUGGCACACUGUUACCCAUAUACGUAUACUGAUUUGCAGGAAUAUUUGACAAAAAUUGUCAGCGAUCCGAUAAAAACAAGAUUUACGAAGUUACGAUUGUUGUGUCGUACAUUGGCUGGGAAUGGUGUUUAUUAUUUAACAAUUACAGCACCACCAACGUAUGAUGAUGAGGUACGAAGAAAACGUGGAGUCGUAAUAACAGCCAGAGUCCAUCCUGGCGAGACACCGUCCAGUUGGACGAUGAAGGGAAUCAUCGAUUUCCUUACUAGCGAAUCUAAUCGUGCCAAGGAGUUACGAGAACGAUUCGUGUUCAAGUUAAUACCAAUGUUAAAUCCGGACGGUGUUAUAGUUGGUAAUAACAGAUGUUCUCUAUCCGGUAAGGAUUUAAACAGACAGUACCGGACGGUAAUGCGUGAAAGUUAUCCAUCAGUUUGGCAUACGAAAUUAAUGAUACGAAGACUACUCGAGGAAUGUGGAGUAACGAUAUACUGCGACCUUCAUGCUCAUUCUAGGAAACAUAAUAUAUUUGCUUAUGGCUGUGAGAGUAAAAGAACUGGAUGUAACAAUGGAAGACUCUCCGAACAAAUAUUCCCUUUGAUGUUACAUAAAAAUGCUGCUGAUAAGUUUUCCUUCGAAAAUUGCAAAUUUCAUGUAGAAAAGGGAAAGGAAGGUACAGGUAGGGUGGUAGCUUGGUCGAUGGGUGUACAAAAUAGUUACACGAUGGAAGCUUCAAUGGGUGGCUCGAGAUUAGGAUCUAGAUCUGGGACACAUUUUUCUACACAGGAUUACGAACAAAUUGGUAAAGCCUUUUGCGAGACACUUCUUGAUUUUUCUGAUCAAGAUCCGGCCAAGGAGAAAUUACGAACAAAAAUUUUAACGAGAUUGAUCAAAGAAGGAUCCAAUGCCGAAGAACCUACGAAUAUCGAUUUAACUGAUUACUCGAGCGACGAAGGUGACAACUCGGAAAGUCACGCAUCGGACGAAUCGAUGAGAAAUGCUUACGAUGAAAUACACAAUGAAUAUCAUCCUGCACCACCACCAUCUCCCAAUUUUGGUUCCACUGGAAGUAUGAAUUUAUUAAAGAGGAGAAUAAGAACGAAGGAAAUGGAACGAAAGUAUUUGGAACGUAGAAAAUUUUUGCAAUCUAGAGCCGUCAUGGAUUUGCACACGACUGAUCCAGGAAGUGAUCUAUGUUAUAUGACAGAUUGGAUGGACGAUGAUCGAUCGAAGACAAGAGGUAUCUCAGCAAGAAUUCAAAGACACAGAGAAGGAGAAAAUAUUCUUAGCUUACGAGGAAGAUACGAAGGAGAAAUAAAGAAAAACGAACAUACAGUAGAAUGUUCUUUACUUCCUGCUAUAAUUAGGCCACGUAGUUUAUCAUUGGGUGAACAUUUAUUGCCCGACGAAGAUAAUAGAAAAAUUGAACAACGAGUACGUUGUCAUCGUUUGUCCAGAAUAUUGAAGCAUCCUUGUACACCAUCCGUCGAAAGAAAGGUCUCAGCUUUUAGACAACAAAUCUGGAUGGGAAUACCAAUUCGUAAUACGGAAAAUGGCAUGACUGUUAUCAAUAAUGAUUUUGGAAGAGUACCAUUAAGUUGGGGAAUAUCUAGUCUCGCUUUAACGAAUUGUAAUUCGAAUAAUGAAAUAUUGCUAAGGACGUGUACAGAAAAAUUACGUACGCUCGAUUAUUUCGAAAGAACGACGGAAUUAAGAAAGACGAAAAAGAAAUCACGAAGGAAACAAAAUAUCAUUGUUAGCGAAGAGAUUAGAUCGAGAGAUAAGGAAGACGUUCGAGAAAAUAUUCGUGAAGAUGAGAAGGUCAAAGUUACGAAGAAGAAACGUUCAAGAUUGAAAUGGGAAAUGGCUGUAAAUUUAAGUUCGACUAUAAAGGACAAUAACAACGGUACAAAUAAUAAAAAUUCAUUCCUAUCUGUUAAAGCGGAUUCUUUAAAAUUGUUCACGACUACUACAUCGGCGAAGAAAGUACGAAGGGAAGAAAAAUUAAAUACACGUGUUAAAACCCAUAAAAAUGAUAUCGUCGUAGCUACUGAGAGAAUAAUUGCUAGGAACAAAAUUACUAAAAUUCGUACUAUACAACAAUUGAAAUCAUUCGCAACACCUGUCUCAGAUAGCUCGAAUUCGGAAGACGGUUUGAACAAUCCGAGUAAAUUGAAAAAUGGAAAGAGAAAGCAGAAGAAAAAGAAACAAUUAAAAAAGACGAGAAUAUCUGGUACUACAAGGAAUAAUAAUAAAAAACGUGCUGCUAGUGCAAAAACAGUGAAAUAAUUCAUUUCAUAAAGUGAAUAUCAUUUUCAUUAUUAAAGUAUCUGAUUAAUAUGCUCCAAAUGUUCCGUUGAUCGAUUAUAUAAUAACGUAAUAAACAUAUUUCUAACGGGUAUACAAAUAUACAUGUAUGCGUGUAUGCAUGUAUGUAUAUAUAAUGAGUUGAAGAAACGAAAAGUCAUUUACUACGUGUUACUCUUUCUAUUAUGUUAAUAAGUGUUUCAAUAAAUUAAAUAAUCAUUCAUACACCAUCAUUAGAUACGAUUAAUCGAUUUAUGUUUUAUAUUAAUUAAUGGAAUCGCA